CUUUACCUAGAUUUAGAUAAUAAAUAUAAUCAAAAGUUAAAUCCAGUGCAUACGAGCCACUGUGUGUAUCUUUUUGAAAUUCAUCAGAUAAGAAUAGAUAGUGUUCUUUGUAACUUACUUUGUGCCUUGUGCUUGGAAAGAAGAUUGUGAAUGAAUAAAAAUAACAUGCUAGUCGUAGAUAUCCGUAAUUUAAUUGAACAAAAUUAAGGUAUAUCAAAAAUGGUGGAAAACGAUGGUCACUCGGAAGUGGUGUACAAGCCAACAACUAAAGUGAAAGAUAAAGUUCUGCUUGAGAAUCAAAACAAGCAGAAGGAUUCGGCGUUUCUGUACUUUACUGCGACGAUAGUGUCUUUGGUAUCAUCAUCAGGGCUUUGCUCCUACAUCUGGAUGUCUCCGGCCCUAGCAGUGCUGAAGUUAGACGAUCAGAACCUCAACCCAAUAGGAAGACCAGUAACUCCAUUCGAAGAGUCAAUCAUUGGUGGAAUAUGGCUUAUUGGAUCCAUCGCAGGCAAUCUGAUGUUGGGCAAACUUCCUGACAUCUUCGGUAGAAAGAAGAUCAUGAUACUCAUUUCUAUACUGAUGAUCAUAGGAUAUUCUGUGCUAGCUUUCAGCAGCACUAUUUAUAUCAUAUACAUAGCUAGGUUGAUAACAGGUAUCGCGUUCGGAAUGUAUCUUCCUUUACUUUCAGUUUACUUAUUCGAAAUUUCUGAAUCUCAUAACAGGGGCAAGUUUGGAAGUUUUAUAUGCCUCUUCCUUACACUAUCUAGUGGAUAUGUCUUUCUCUUGGCUACAUUUUUCUCCUUGAAAGUAUUUACCUUUUUAUGCGCACUACCUGCUGCAUUAUGUUUGUUAUGUUUUCUUUUUGUUCCCGAAACACCAAUGCACUUGGUCUCCAAGGGAGAUAGAAAAGGAGCUACGAAAGCUUUAAGGAAACUUAGGGGAAGAGAUGAUGUCCGAAAAGAAGUAGAAGAGAUAGAAUCUCUGUUGAACGAAUGCAGUAGAGGCAAAAAUAAGACAAUAUUAGAAGCUUUAAGAACACCUGGAUUGAAAAGAGCUUUAUUUCUCGCAGUUUCUGUUAAUAGUUUACAACAACUGAUUGGCCAAACAGCUAUUUUGGGAUACCUCACUUCUAUCUUUGUCAGUGCUGGUAUUUCACCUGACUUUGCCUCUAUCAUAUCAUGUUUGGUCCAACUCCCUAGUACCAUAAUCGCUGCAAUGUUAGUUGACAAACUAGGUAGAAGAGUAUUACUGUUAAUCUCUCUCACCACAUAUGGCACGGCCAUUGUUUUGCUUGGUGUGUAUUUCUACUUGAAGCAUCUAAACUUUGACUUUGGAAGCUUCUCAUGGUUACCAGUAGCGAGUGUUAUAUUAAUGUUCAUAGGUUAUUGUAUUGGCAUGGGGGUAAUACCUAUAAUACUGGCUAGUGAAGUGCUACCUAAUGAUAUCAAGUCUGUUGGAAUGUCCAUCACUGUUUUUUGUGCAGGAGUCUUUGCAUCAGUAACAGUAUUUGGAUUCCCGAUAGUUAUGGAGUAUUUGGGAUUGUAUUGGUGUUUCUGGAUAUGCGGUAUUGUUAGUUUCUUAGCAGCCAUAUUCGUUUAUUACUGUGUUCCUGAAACCAAAGGAAAAAGUGUAGCUGAAAUACAAAAAAUGUUGAAUAGUUGACAAAUGCAGCAAAAAUAGAUUUUGGAUUCCAGAUUGAGAAUUAAAGUAAAUAAAACAAAUGAACAAAUAGUAAUAGGAAGAUUUCGUUCUAUACCCCUUUUCUUUAGUUUUUUUAUACUUGAGCCACCACGAAGUCCUGAGGUCUAAAUACUCGUCGGAACAGUGGCGAUAGUUAUAUCGGGGAUAUUGCCUUUUGUGAUAGAUAAGGUCAUAAGGUUAAGCGGGAGACCAUCACAUAUCUUCUGAAUAAUUAAAUAAUAAGUUUGAACUUAUUGUUCCAUUUCUUGUCAAUGACUAAACAUAAUUUAGCUUUAUCAAUAGACCAGUAAAUGGUAUAAAUUGAAAUUCUUACCUUACAUUUUAAAGACCUCAUAUGUGAAAUUUACCUAUUCAAAUUUCUGUAGAAUGGUAAAGACGGAAUACGCUGUUCGACAAAUCUGAAAUCAAAUAAACGUAAGUAAGUAUAGAA